GUUCUGAAUUUCUUGCUCUGAAGUGGCAGCUACCAGAGAGGGAGCCUACUGUCACCGUGAGGAGCGGGUUGCUCAGAGCAGACACUCGCACCUUUGGAGAUGUGGAAGUCUGUAGUAGGACAUGAUGUAUCCGUUUCUGUGGAGACCCAGGGUGACGACUGGGACACAGACCCUGACUUUGUGAAUGACAUCUCUGAGAAGGAACAACGGUGGGGAGCCAAGACUAUUGAGGGAUCUGGACGUGCAGAGCACAUCAACAUCCACCAACUGAGGAGCAAAGUGUCAGAGGAGCAUGAUGUGCUCAAGAAGAAGGAGAUGGAAUCAGGGCCCAAAGCAUCUCAUGGCUAUGGAGGUCGAUUUGGGGUGGAAAGAGACCGAAUGGAUAAGAGCGCUGUGGGCCAUGAGUAUGUUGCUGAGGUGGAAAAGCACUCUUCUCAGACUGAUGCUGCCAGAGGUUUUGGGGGCAAAUAUGGAGUUGAGAAGGACAGGGCAGACAAGUCAGCAGUUGGCUUUGAUUACAAAGGAGAAGUGGAGAAACACGCAUCUCAAAAAGACUAUUCCCAUGGCUUUGGUGGCCGUUAUGGAAUAGAGAAGGAUAAACGGGACAAGGCAGCUCUGGGAUAUGACUAUAAGGGAGAGACAGAGAAACACGAGUCCCAGAGAGAUUAUUCCAAGGGCUUUGGUGGUCAGUAUGGAAUCCAAAAGGACCGAGUAGAUAAGAGCGCUGUUGGUUUCAAUGAAAUGGAGGCUCCAACCACAGCUUAUAAGAAAACAACACCCGUAGAGGCUGCUUCUAGUGGUGCACGUGGGCUGAAGGCAAAAUUUGAGUCCAUGGCUGAGGAGAAGAAGAAGCAGGAGGAAGUAGAGAAAUCACAGCAGAUGGCCAGGCAGCAACAGGAGAGAAAGGCUUUGGUCAAGAGGAGUCAAGAGGCUCAGCAAUCAGCGGCCCCUGUGGAAGAGCCAGUGGUGCCAGCCCCUUUGCCCAAGAAGAUCUCCUCAGAGGCCUGGCCUCCAGCAGGGAAUCAUCCAUCGUCAGAGCCAGAGCCUGAGAAAAUCAGCAAGGAACCUCCAGUGUCCACCCUGCCCUCGAGGCAGUAUCAGUCAGAGGACAAUGAGGAGCCCCCAGCUCUGCCCCCCAGGACUCCAGAAGGCUUUCAGCUGAGCGAAGAGCCAGAGUAUGAAGCAGUGCCUGAGCCUCAGCCUGAGCCAGUGUAUGAAGCAGCGCCUGAGCCUGAAAAUGACUAUGAAGAUGUUGGGCAGGUGGACACACAUGAGCAGGAUGAUGGACAAGAGGGAGACUAUGAGGAUGUGCUGGAGCCUGAGUCCUCUCUUCCCUCCGCUGGAUCAUCAGGUUGCCCAGCUCAGGCUGGGGCUGGAAUCUCAGCUGUAGCCCUGUAUGAUUACCAAGGAGAGGGAAGCGAUGAGAUUUCCUUUGAUCCAGAAGACAUCAUCACUGACAUUGAGAUGGUGGAUGAGGGCUGGUGGCGGGGUCGUUGCCGUGGCCAGUAUGGACUCUUCCCUGCAAAUUACGUCAAUCUCCUUCAAUAAUGGACCCUCCCUGUCUUCUGUACCAUGACAUCCUAUGGUGACUCUGCCUCCACACCUCUUCAUUUCUGCUGCAAAAGUCUAGUAGGUCAUAAGUUGUCUGAGCUUCUAGACAUGUUUCUGCCCAUUAGGACUUAGGACAGAGACAGCAUAAGGUCGGGGGGUGGGGGGGUCUUCCUCAGUGUCAGUGUCCUUUCUGCCCUGGAUGGCCCAUGGAUGUUUAUUUGGUGGUCUUUCCUCUUUCCCCAUGAAUUCUUUCUCUAAUAACUUCCUCUGUUUAUGAGCUCUGAUAUUCCCUGUUUGUUUACCUGGGAAAGUAUACCUAGAUUGCCUGUUUUGUCUGGUUGUGUUGUUUGCAAACUUUCAUCCAUGAAGAAAUAUCUAUGAAUCCUCUCUCUGUUCAAUCGUAAAACUGGAAAUAAAGUGGUAUGAUAGUUCAUCUCUGUGCUGAGGUAAAUAGUAUUUUUGUGCAGCCCAAAAUAGCCAUCACUCUCAAGAUUCCAAUUCUCCUUCCCUCCUUCAGGCAUAUCCAGAAGACCUGAUCCUACCAAUGCCCAUCCCCCACACCCCCUGAUGUCAAGGGCUGGGUCUUUUUCUUAGG